UCGGCUCAUUCCGAUAAUCCGACACCGAUGUAAUUUUUGGGAGUCAGUAUUUCGUUUGCAUUGAAAUGAUAUAAUACAUAACGCCCUCAGAGAAUAAACCUCACCAAUCAUCCAAAUAAUAAGUAAUGGCUCCAGUUCGAGCAACUGCGCUCUCGCGCGAUACAAAUGAGACUAGUAUUCAACUGGCUAUCAAUCUCGAUGGAGGGGAAUUUCCAGCGGAUACGGACAAGAAGUUAUUGAGUGGUGAAGAGGGACAUGCUUCACAAGUCUCAAAAUCGCAACAUAUUGCUAUACAUACUGGCAUUGGGUUUUUGGAUCAUAUGUUGCAUGCUUUAGCAAAGCAUGCUGGGUGGAGUUUGGCGAUCAAUUGUAAAGGAGAUUUACACAGUAUGUUUUUAUAUUCUAUUCACCCUACCGUGGGAAUCCGACCUUGGAUAUGCAAAUGCUAAUUGGUAUUUUAGUUGAUGAUCACCAUACCGCUGAAGAUGUGUGCAUUGCACUCGGUACAUCAUUUGCCAAAGCCCUUGGCUCCCCUGUAGGAAUCGCACGUUUCGGAUCCGCAUACUGUCCUCUCGAUGAAGCACUUUCGCGAGCCGUUGUCGACAUUUCAAAUCGUCCGUUUAGUGUGAUAGAUUUGGGACUCAAAAGAGAGAAGAUUGGAGACUUGAGCUGUGAAAUGAUACCACAUUGUCUACAAAGUUUUGCGCAGGGCGCAAGAAUCACUUUGCAUGUGGAUUGUUUGAGGGGUGAUAAUGAUCAUCAUAGAGCGGAGAGUGCUUUUAAGGCUUUGGCUGUGGCGGUUAGACAGGCUACUUCGAUAGUGAAAGGUAGAGAGGGUGAGGUUCCAAGCACAAAAGGUACUUUGAGUACUUGAGAGGGAAAUGUAUGAAUAUGACAAGAAGUACGUUGUCUAUGACAUUUUGGCUUGUUGCGAAUGGGCUUCUUGGACGCAGGAAUUGAGCGGCCCAGGAAUUAUUAGAAGAAUUUGAGAAGCCUAAAAGGGUGGAAAAGAUACCAAGCCGUUUAUAGGAAUCUGAAUCUAGGAUUAGAACUCUAAUUAUCCAUAGAAAAUCAAAGAUCAAGAACU